GUCUCCUAAGAACUCCCUAAAGGCCGCCUAAGGGCCGUCUAUAGAUCACCUAGGCAUGAUUUACGACGAUCCAUUCCCAACCGAUGCUCUCCCUAUGGACAACCCAGACAUUAUUUAUGGGCAGACAUGGUCAGUUCAACGGUUAACCUAUACCUUCUCUUCCGGCCUAUACGACUCUCAACGGCCUCUACGGCCUCUCUAUGGACAACCUCAAGAACCCAAACAUCUACCCUCGAAUCUCUCUACCUUCUCUAUGGACAACCCAUACUUUUACAAUAUUCAAAAGUGUAAAAUGUACAUCACCUGUGGAUUAUCCUUCGACGAUCUAUGGAUUAAUCUAAAUCCUCCCUAUUCUCCCCCCACGUGAAAUGCGGCAUAAUGUCGCUAUACCAUGCCACUCUAUAGGGCAUAGUCGUCUUCUCGGCGCUGCCUUGUACUUAUCUUAACCAUACAGAUAGCCUCGUCAUUGCCCGAAAUGGCUUGGUCACCUUUUUCCCUCGGACAUUAUCUUUUAGCCCGCUUUCACUUUUUCGUCC